GUUUUUAAUUUUUAACAUCAAACAUAUUCAUGUUGUUUUAAAUGGUUUUAUUUUUACAUUUACAACGCACAAGCUGGAUUAUUUUAAGUUAUUUUUUAAGAUAUUAUUUAGUUUAAGUUAUUUUUUAAUAUACUUUUAAAUUCGAAAUGGAAUUAAGGGAAGAUUAUAUAAAAACAAACCAAAAUGUUUUAAUAUUAUCAAUUAAAUCAGAACUGGAAGAAUGCAUGUUUGAAAGUAAUUACACAAAGGACUCCUUAUCAGAUUCGUAUUGUCCGGACGAUAUUAAAAUAGAAGAACAUGUAUUACAAUGUGAAAUAGGUAGCCCAUUCCCGGUUAUCAAGCAAGAAGUUAAGACAGAAAUCAAAGAACUGGAUGAACAAAAUUUACAAGUGAACCAUGGGAGUGAAACUCGAUUUAAAAAUACGAAAGAAUUAGACUCAGAAAAAGCUGUAAAAUUACAUAUAGGUGCUUCAACUGAGAUAGAUCAUGAAAAACAUGGUAGAAGUAUGAAAACAUCAAAAUCACUGUCCAACAUUGGCAAAAAAAGUUUACGUCAGAACGAGGUUAAAACUAAAUCCGAAAAAGCGUUGGUAACACACAAUGGAGAAAAGCGUUAUAAGUGCGAAAUUUGUUCUAAACCGUUUCCAUCACCAAGUCACUUGAAAAAGCAUUUAAGAAUACACACUGGAGAAAAGCCUUAUAAGUGUGAAAUUUGUUUUAAACGAUUUACUCAAGCAGGAACUUUGAAAAAACAUUUGAAAGUGCACACUGGAGAAAAGCCUUACAAGUGUGAAAUUUGUUCUAAGCAAUUUACUCAUGAUGGAGAUUUGAAAAGACAUUUAAGGAUACACACUGGAGAAAAGCCUUACAACUGUGAAAUUUGUUCUAAGACGUUUCCAUCACCAAGUCACUUGAAAAAGCAUUUAAGAAUACACACUGGAGAAAAGCCGUAUAAGUGUGAAAUUUGUUCUAAGCAAUUUAGUCAAAAGGCAAGUUUGAAACAGCAUUACAACAAACACACUGGAGAGAAACCUUAUAAAUGUGAAAUUUGUUUUAAGCAAUUUAGUCAAGAGGGAAGUUUGAAAAAACAUUUAAGGGUACAUACUGAAGAAAAUCCUUACAAGUGUGAAACUUGUUCUAAGGACUUUACGCAAGUUGGAGAUUUGAAAAGACAUUUAAGGAUACACACUGGAGAAAAGCCUUAUAAAUGUGAAAUUUGUUUUAAGCAGUUUACUUCAACAAGUCAUGUGAAAGAACAUUUGAGAGUGCACACUGGAGAAAAGCCUUAUAAGUGUGAAAUUUGUUUUAAGCAGUUUAGUGAAGCAGGUACUUUGAAAAAACAUUUGAGAGUGCACACUGGAGAAAAGCCUCACAUGUGUAAAAUUUGUUUUAAGCAAUUUAGUCAGGCUGGAAAUUUGAAAAGGCAUUUAACUACACACUGAAGAGAAGGACAAUUUGUUUAAAACAAUUUAGUGAAGCAGCAUCUUUGAAAAUCAUGUGAGAAUACUAGUACACACUGGAGGAAGUGCAUUUUAGUACACACUGGAGGAAAAUCGUAUAAGUGUCUUAUUUUGUUUUAAGCAGUUUAGGCAAAGUACUCUGAAAGGUCAUCUGACAGUGCACACUGGAGAUUGAUAGUUAAAAUAUAAAGUAAUUUUAAAAUUAAUAAUAUGUAUAAUUAUUUAUGAAAUUAAUGGUCAUUUGA